AAGAUAUAUCCCUAGGUAUCUAAGGUUGCUCCACUAUACUGAUCCCUCCUCAGACCUUUCACCGCUAUCUUCAUUUUAUAAUCUUGUGUAUAUAACUUACUUAGCAUUUACGAUGGGGCUACUCCGCCUUGAGGAGCUCAGUGAGCUCUCGCCCGUUGCGUUGGCAUUAACGGUUGCCGCGCUAUCUCUGGUUCUGCUCGUCCUCCGGUGGGUGCUCUACCCGACCUUUGACUCGCGCGAGCCACCAGUGCUCCGGCCCAAGGUGCCGUUUAUCGGCCAUGCCAUCUCGAUCGCGAGGGGGAUCAAUGUUUACUAUGCGCGUCUGCACAAGGACAAGCGCAUGCCGAUAUGCACCCUGCCCGUGCUCAGGGGCAAGGUCUACGUCAUCAACUCACCCACGCUGAUUUCGGCGGCGCUGCGGAGCAAGACGCUGUCCUUUGACCCCUUCAUCACGCUCUUCUCCCUCAACGCCCUGGGACUGAGCGAGCCCGAGAAGGAGAGGUUCAAGGAUCCGGAUUAUCUCGCCACCGCAAGCAAGCCCAUCCACACGUCGUUGCUGGGGGAGCCGCUGCGCAUGGUCACCCAGGCGGGACUGAGCAGGCUUGCUGCCGAUUUGAACGCCAUUGGGCCUGGAAAGGGAGGGGUUAAGGAGGUUAGCAAUGCACUUGACUGGUUGCGGGACGUCAUGUUCCUGGCCGUCAUGCGGGCGCUGUAUGGGGAGAAGAAUCCCAUAAGCCUGGAUCUGCAGACACACAUAGGCGAGUUCGAGAAGAAGGUGGGAUUGUUGGUGCUGGGGAUUGCGCCUCGGCUGCUCGCGCCAAAAGCCCUCGUCGCCCGCUCGGCCAUACAGCAGGCUCUGGCACCCUAUUAUCUGGCCGGACAUGACCAGGGUCCCGAUGUGUCCGCCUUUGUGAGGAAUCGCGCGGCUGUCAAGCGCAAACUAGGCAUUAGGGCGGCCGACCUGCCCGCGUCCGAUUUCGACAUACCCUGGACGGCCGUGACGAACACGAUCCCCUCGCUGCUCUGGCUGUUUCUUCACAUCUUCACGCGGCCCGACUACGUCGACCGCAUGCGGGCCGAGGUGCUGGAGGCGACUGCCGUCACGGGAGACGGCGCGACCAUUGAUGCAUCCAAGCUCGGACAAAAGCCCUUCAUCAGCGCGUGCUUCCUCGAGAUGCAGCGCAUGUACAACGAUGCCGGCAGCGUCCGCUGGGUGAUGGAGGACACGGUGCUGCGGGAUGCCGACAGGCGCGAGUAUCUCCUUAAGAAGGACACCAACGUCCAAUGGUUUGGCGGAGUGCUGCACCUGAACGACCACAUCUGGGGUGCCGAUGCCGGGACGUUUAACCCGGACAGGUUCGUCAAUGCGGACCCGCAGGAGGAAAAGAAGCGGCGCGGGGCCAUGAUACCCUUCGGGGGCGGGAAGCACCUGUGUCCCGGCCGCAUGUUUGCCGUGACCGAGAUUACGGCCUUGAUCGGCGCGCUUGCGCUGGCGUUUGACGUCGAAGGGGUCGAAAUGGCGCAUGUGGUCCAGCCCCCUUUCCCGUCUACGGGUAUGAGGCGGCCCCGAUGGAAACAGGGCGGAGAGCCAAAAGUAAAUAUCAGGCGCAAGCGAGGGUGGGAAGACGUCAAGAUAACCUUCACCGUGUGAGAGUCUGGGCUGUAACAUGCAAGAUGCGGUGCCGUUGCCGAAUGUGACGCAGCAGGGGAUGCGCUCACUGCACAGCAGCAUCGGGCAAGCCAAAAGUGAAGGCUUACUUAUACUAUCUCACAUACGCAUAUUCAGGAC